UCACAAAGUUUUGUUGAUGUUGUAUUUGUUAUUUUUUAACUUGUUUAUUUUAUUUUUGUAAAAUGCAUAAAUUGCAUUCCAAAGAUCAUGUCUUGCUCAAAGAAAAUGUUAUAAAGCUCCUUCACCAAAAUAAAAUAACAACAAUCCUAGAUUUCCUACAAGAAGAUGUUGAAAAGUUAUCUACACUUGCUAAACUAAGUUUACCUCAAAUUUUGUCUAUACGAUUAGAAUAUUUUAACAAAUAUUCAGCUCCAGUUAUCAAUGGCAACGCUUUGUUUACCAAAUGUUUAAUUAGUAAGAAGUUUAUUUUCACUGGCCUAUCAAGUUUGGAUAAUAUAACGGGUGGUGGUAUACCUGUUGGAUUUAUAACAGAGUUGUAUGGAUUGGCGGGAUCAGGUAAAACUCAGCUACUCUUCCAAGUGGCUAUCAAUUGUGCAAGUAAUAAUGAAGGUACCAUACUCUACAUAGAUACUAAAGGAGAUUUUUCUGCUGUAAGAGUUCAAAAAAUGCUUCAAGCGCAUGGAUAUUCUCACAAGGAUAUGGCUGCUGUAUUAAUGAAAAUAAAAAUAGUUCAUAUUUGGAGCAUGGAUGAGUUAAUAGAAUUUCUACGAAGGAUCAAAAACAGGACUGAAUUUAUAGAAAAUUUGAGUGUAAUAUUAAUAGACUCAUUACCCUGCCUGAUGUUUCAAUAUUUAGGAGAUGAUUGCAAAGUGGGUUUAUCUGCUCUCAAUGUUUUUGUGAACUACUGCAACUAUUUAUGUAAAGAAAUGCAUUUAAGUAUUGUUUGUGUCAAUAUUCAAACACGAUGGGUAGAUCAAGAUGCAUCAGAUCUUGAAGAUGAUAUUGAAAGUUCAGUAUCUAAGGAAACAGUAAGAAUCGAAAAACGGAACCGGUGCUUAGGAAGAUAUUGGCAACACAUACCAGCUCUAGUGCUACUAGUUGAAAGAACUAAAGAUUGUGAAAAUGGUUCAGCUGAAAUCAAUAUUUCCGUCACCAAAUCUGCAUUCGGAGUAUCUAAUUUGUCUUGCACUUUAAAGUUGAGUGAGUUAGGAGUUACUUAAUUGAAAUAAAAAAACAUUGAAUACCUAAGCAA